UAAAGAUCCAACAGAUAAUACAGCGACUGGCGGUUCCUCGGUCAGAUUUCAGAAGUCAGCAGCAACAACAGGCAAUUUGCAUCUGUGACGCUGUACUCAGUAGCUUGUCGUAAAGUUUACCGCUGAUAAGCUUCACAACGAGGAAAACACACAUAAAGUAAAGGUGCGGCCAUGACCGACGCCGCGCCCCAGCAACCGAGCGCGGAGGGGCGGCGCUUCUCGUACGUGAUGGGCGGGCCGGACCCCUUCGACCAGGCAGACAAGGGCUGGUUGGGCGUCGCCGAAGUGACAGAGGACAAGCCUCCACCCAAACCGAUUCCGCAGGUCAGUGCCAGCGCCGAGGACGACACAGAUGGAAGCGAGGAGGAGGAGGAGGAGGAAGUGAAGCAGAAGGCGUGGAAGAAGAACGAGGACAUUCCGAUGCGCUUCGACGAGAUCUCAACCGAAGAGAAGUGGGUCAACGUGAGCGACGUCAUCCGCAGGCAGAGGGAGGAGCAGGCGAGGCAGGAGGCCAAGCAGAAGAAGCUGAGACCUCCGCCGGACCCGGAGGAGAGCCGUCCCAGAGCCCCUUCCGACGACGACGGGGCGGCUAGAAGGGGAAAUCGGGAGAGAAAGGAGGAGUAUUCCGAUCGACUCCGCAAGAGAGAGGAAUCCGACGACUACCAGGAGGACGCGCCGGGGGUCGAUGCUAUCACGGAGUCCAUGCUCCAGUUUGCCCUCGCGCCCGGCCUCAUGGUGAAGGACAGAGGGCUCGCCAGGCGGAGUUCCCUGCCAGCGACCCCUACUGCUUACGGCAGACUCGACCGGAGCUCCUUCUGGACGGCCGCAGGCAGACCGCCUCGCAGAUCGUCGUUCACCGAGGAAGAGGAUGAGCGACCGCCCCCCCAGCACAGGCCUCGGGAACAGCACGUCAGGAGAGGGAGGUCUCCGCGGCGCAGCUUCAGUGAGGACAAGGAGACCGAAAGACCCCAUUACAGAGAGCCUAGUCCUGACUACGACCUGGAAGAAACUUCUCCUCGGUCUGCCUAUCGCCGGGAAUACGAGCCAGGUCGUCGAGGACAUAGGCCUCAUGACCCCUAUUACGAAGACGACCGGAGACACCGCUAUCCCGACGAUGACAGGGGAUACGACCAAGACCCAAGGUCCUACAGGCGAGAGGACCCCAACGAUGACUGGGGUUACGACCACGACCCAAGAUCCUACAGGCGAGAGGACCCCAACAAUGACUAUCCAGGGGGAAGGCAUCCUGCGGAAUCGAGAUACGACGAGGACUACUACCCCCGGCAACCAGGAUACGACCGUGGUGCUUAUGACGACUCACCAGAGCGGUACUACGAAGGUGGUCGCGGCCGAGGCUACCUCCGCCAACACAGCGACCCAAGGCAUGGGCGGGGCAGUCAAGCGUACGGCCACCCACAGUAUCGUUAGCCAUUAUGUACCGUACUUUUUCAGUUGUCCUUCCCAGCAACGGCUUUCCAUUUCUUUUCCCAAUUUUGCCUUGGACAACAACUGCAGUUUCAAUUUGUUAUUUUUACAGAUAGACAGAAUCAAGUACAUGUGAAUGUUGUUUUAUGUUAAUUCAAAUGCUUCAACGUCAUAACAGAUAUUAAAGGAGUUAAUAAUAAUCAUAAACUAAUAUAUAAAAACAACAACUAUAUAAGGGACUUACAAAACAAACCACUUAUCUUUAUCUGGAAUAAAAUCUUUAUAUAUUCUGCAAA